AGCGUAGACGAAGAAGAAGAGGAGGAGGUGGCAGAGGAAGUAGAAGAAGAAGAGGAGGCUAAUGCUAACCUGCUUCUAACCGGCCGCAGGUUAAACACGGACCGUUGUUUCUUCUGGUUUUAUGAUUCAAGUCGCGUCUUCUCACAGCGGAGGAGCGAGAGAUGCCGGAAACUGAGAGCUACUCCAACCCUCUGGCCCCCGAGGGCCACGAGGUGGACGACCCCCGAGCCGCCGCCGCUCAGUCCAAACUCACCAACGAUGACUUCAGGAAGUUACUGAUGACGCCCAGGGCGGCGCCCUCCUCGGCUCCGCCCUCCAAGUCCAGACACCAUGAAAUGCCGAGGGACUACAAUGAGGAUGAGGAUCCUGCUGCGAGGAGGAGGAAGAAGAAGAGCUACUAUGCUAAGCUACGUCAGCAGGAGAUGGAGAGAGAGAGAGAACUGGCUGAGAAGUACCGUGACCGAGCGAGAGAGAGACGAGACGGCGUCAACAAGGACUACGAAGAGACGGAGCUAAUUAGCACUACAGCUAACUACAGAGCUGUAGGGCCCACGGCUGAGGCAGAUAAGUCUGCUGCUGAGAAGCGUCGUCAGCUGAUCCAGGAGUCCAAGUUUCUGGGAGGUGACAUGGAGCACACUCACUUGGUGAAAGGACUCGACUUCGCUCUGUUACAGAAGGUCAGAGCUGAAAUCACCAGUAAAGAGAAAGAAGAAGAAGACAUGAUGGAGAAAGUCCAGAAAGAAGCAAAGAAGGACGUGGAACCUGAGGAGAAGAUCGAGUUUAAGACUCGUCUUGGGAGGAACAUCUACCGUGUGGUGUUCAGGUCUUGUCAGGUGGAGAGGAACGAGCUCUUCCUCCCGGGGAGGAUGGCCUACGUGGUCGACCUGGACGACGAGUUCACCGACACCGACAUCCCCACAACUCUGAUCCGCAGCAAGGCCGACUGUCCCAGCAUGGAGGCCCAGACGACUCUGACCACCAAUGACAUCGUGAUCUCUAAACUGACCCAGAUCCUGUCCUACCUGAGACAGGGGACACGGCACAAGAAGAUCAAGAAGAAGGACAAGGGUAAAGUGGACGAGAAGAGACCUCCUGAUGCUCCUGAUGCUGAUCUCAGUAUCUUUGAGGACAUCGGGGACUACAUCCCGUCCACGGCCUCGUCCUCCAAACCUCCCAAAGACAAGGACAGACACCGGGACAGAGAGAGAGACAGGGACAAGGACAGAGACAGAGACAGAGAGAGAGACAGAGAGGACGACACCAAGAGGAGACACAACUACUUUGAGAAACCACGGACGGAAGAGGUGAUGGAGGUGGAUGCAGGCCCCGCCUCCCUCAGAGAACACAUCAAGAUGAUCAAUGAGAAGUUUGCAGGAGCAGCCGGCAGCCAAUGGCAGAGCCAGGAGCCUGGUUCUCAGAGGAGAGAUUCUAAAGAACAACUGGGUGAUUUCUUUGGAGGAUCCAACUCCUACGCUGAGUGUUACCCUGCUACGAUGGACGACCUGGCUGUGGACAGUGAUGAGGAAGUGGACUACAGUAAGAUGGACCAGGGCAACAAGAAGGGUCCUCUGGGCCGCUGGGACUUCGACACCCAGGAGGAAUAUUCAGACUACAUGAACAACAAGGAGGCCCUGCCCAAGGCUGCGUUCCAGUACGGCAUCAAAAUGUCUGAGGGAAGGAAAACGCGACGUUUCAAAGAGACCAAUGAAAAAGCAGAACUGGACCGACAGUGGAAGAAGAUCAGCGCGAUCAUUGAGAAGAGGAAGAAGAUGGAGGCUGACGGGGUGGACAUGAAGAGACCAAAGUACUGAGGACGUCUCUGUUGGUUCUUUGUGUUUAUUGGAGCUUGUUGUUAAUUAGAUGUUAGAUUAUGUUAAUUAGAUGUUAGAUUAUGUUAAUUAGAUGUUAAUGACCUGCUGAUCAGUUGAUCCAGUUUAUUUGUGAACGUUUGAAACUCGACUCAUUAAACUCGUAAACUGUGA